UUGUUUCCUUUUAGACAUAUCGACAGGAAUGUUAUUCGAAGAUUAUGAAACAACUUUAUUUUGAAGUGGGUGACUUCGAAUUGAAAAAGUUAUCUGAAGAGAGUCUCACCCGCCAACCAGAAGAAGUCUUCGAUUUAAUAUGCAAACUAGGUGAGGGAUCGUAUGGGAGUGUUUACAAAGCACUCCACAAAGAAUCUGGACAAGUAUUAGCAAUCAAACAAGUACCUGUAGACACAGAUCUUCAAGAAAUUAUAAAAGAAAUCUCAAUAAUGCAGCAAUGUGACAGUCCAUUCGUAGUGAAGUAUUAUGGUAGCUACUUCAAAAACACAGAUCUUUGGAUUGUCAUGGAGUUCUGUGGAGCUGGAUCUGUAUCUGACAUAAUGAGAUUACGUAAAAAGACUUUGACUGAAGAUGAAAUUGCAACAAUUUUAUCUGAUACUUUAAAAGGUUUAGAAUAUUUACAUUUGAGGAGAAAAAUACAUAGAGAUAUCAAAGCAGGAAACAUUCUGUUGAGUUCUGAGGGGCAUGCCAAAUUAGCUGAUUUUGGUGUGGCUGGACAACUGACUGAUACCAUGGCCAAAAGAAAUACUGUGAUUGGGACUCCGUUUUGGAUGGCGCCUGAAGUAAUACAGGAGAUAGGUUACGAUUGUGUCGCUGACAUUUGGAGUCUUGGAAUAACUGCUUUAGAAAUGGCUGAGGGAAAACCACCUUAUGGUGACAUUCAUCCAAUGCGCGCCAUUUUCAUGAUACCUACUAAACCGCCACCUUCGUUCAGAGAACCGGAUCGAUGGAGUAAUGAGUUCACAGAUUUUGUUAGUAUUUGUCUAGUAAAAAAUCCUGAGGAACGUGCUACGGCAACAGAUCUUUUGUCACAUCCUUUUCUAGGAAAUUCCAAAACGCCAAGUAUAUUAAUAAGCAUGAUUCAAGAAGCUCAUGAUAUUCGAGAGAAUCAAACAUAUAAAAAUGUGAAUUGUGUUGCGAACAUACAAGAGUUGCAUAAAAAUAUAACGGAAGAAUCUGAUGAUGAUGUGGCCUUGGGAAACAAAACUAUGGUUCAGUGCUAUGAAGGUACAUUAGUUCCCGAUAAGGGAGGUACCCUAGUUGCAACUUCUCCAAGUGGCACCAUGGUGGAUUUGGAAUCUGAGUUAGGUACUAUGGUUAUCAACAGUGACGUAGACGAUCAAACUAUGAAAAGGCAUGACACAGGAACGGCACCAGGAGGCAAAAAAUACAGACCAAUGUUUUUGGAUCAUUUUGAUAAGAAAGAAUCUCCAGCCAAGGGUAAUGGGCUAGAACCAAAUUCAGUGGCGUUGAAAGGCGUUGAUGUUCCUACUCCUGAGAACCAAAGCAGUCCUCAAAAUCUAAUUCAGGCACAAAUAAAUGAAGCAUUUUCCCCACAAGCUCAAGAACAAAAGCCACAGCACAAUGAAUCAUAUUCUAAUGGGGACUUUGAGUUUUUGAAGUAUUUAACUUAUGAAGAACUGCAACAAAGAAUGAAAACUUUGGACUCUGAUAUGGAGAGAGAGAUAGAAGAACUGCGCAAGAAAUAUCAAAUCAAGCGACAACCCAUUUUGGAUGCUAUGGAUACAAAACGCAAAAGAACACAGAACUUUUAGAGUCACGAACUUCUUUCUGCAAUGUAUGGGUGCUCAAAAUGUUGUUUUUAUUGAAAUUUUUAUACCUACUUGCCAUUUUCAAUGUUUUAUUGUUUUUUAGCUUUGUGGCCCAACAAGAUAUGACAAAUGUUCUCUCCCUUAUAUUGAUCUCUCUCAUGUA